AUGGAAAAGUCUUCAUUCAGGGUAAUCAUUGUAGGAUGCUCCAUCACUGGAAUGACGUUGGGACACUGUCUCGACCGCGCUGGAAUUGAUUAUGUCAUUCUUGAAAAACAUGAAGACAUAUUUGCAGAGCCUGGCAUUUCCAUCGGCCUGAUGCCCAACGGCUCCCGCAUCUUGGAGCAGCUAGGUGUCUACUCCAAGGUGGACGAGCUCUAUGAACCCAUUACGAAAAUAUACCAAUAUAUGCCUGACGGGCACUGCAUCGAGACUGAGAGCCCGGGCAACAUAGUGGAAAGGCAAGACUUUCUGAAUGUUUUGUACUCGGCAUUUGAGGACAAGUCCCGGAUCCACAUGAACAAAAAGGUGGUCGAGAUUUGCCAUGGGAAAUCAAAUGUGUCUGUCACGGCUGCAGAUGGGACAACCUACCAGGGUGACCUUGUUGUUGGAGCGGAUGGUGUUCACAGCGCUGUGCGCUCUGAAAUGUGGCGGAUUGGAAACUCGGAGCAGGCUGGAUUCAUGACGGAAGAGAAAAAAUCUGGAUUGUCCGCGGAAUUCGCAUGCGUUUUCGGACUAUGUAAAGCGGUUCCAGGCGAGGGUCGGUGGGAGCACAUUAUCCGAUACAAUAAAGACUUUUGCUUCUUAUUCUUCCCUGCAAGCGGCACUGAUGUCUUUUUCAAUGUCAUCUACAAGUUGAAGCAAAAGUACAAGUAUCCCAACAUCCCGCGCUUCACACAAGACGAUGCCAUUAAAGUUUGCGAGUCGGUUGGGGAUUUCCCUGUCUGGAAAGACAUCAAGUUCCGCGAUGUAUGGAAACAAAGAACCACCUUUGCUCUGGUUCCGCUGGAAGAGCACAUGUUUAGGAAUUGGCACUACCGACGAAUUGUUUGUAUUGGAGACAGCGUCAGCAAGAUGUCUCCCAACAUGGGACAAGGCGCAAAUACUGCGAUUGAAGCUGUGGCAGCUUUGACAAACCAGCUGCGGACUCUGGUCAAGGCCAACCAUCCAGACAAGCCGUCGGAGAGAGAGCUGAACAACGUGCUGGAAAGAUUCAACCAGAAACAGGCCAGACGUCUUGAUACUGUUCAUGGGGAUGCUCGCUAUGUCACUAGACUCGAGGCCUUAGAUGGGCCGUUUCACUGGAUAUUCGCCCGGUACAUAAUGGGCCAUUGCGGAGAUUUGCUCGUGGGCAAUCUUGCGAGAAUCGUGUCCGGCGGUGGAGUGUUGGACUUUAUACCAUUGACGGCUCGUUCUGGCAAAGACUGGCCGCCAUGUCCAUUGCAACAUUCCUUCGGAAUCUCAGAGUCGAUUGACUUUUGCAAGAAAUUUUCCAUUGCGUUAUUGGUUGCUUUGGUUGCCGUUAUCCUCGGCGUUGGCCGCCGUUAA